UUGGCAGCGUUUGCGAACCAAUAAAUGGAUUACUCGCCUAAUUGCCGGUUUAUAGCCUGGCCAGCAGUAUAUAAGGGGCUCCCUGUUCGCAUUUUGGUAAAUCCCGUUCUUGAUACAGACAGCUUCUACUUACAGCUAAUCCAAAUAAACCAUUUCUUCUUAUUUCUUUUGAACAUUUAACAACUUAGAAUGCCUACGACACUAAAAAUUGUCAAUCAUCCUGCCGAGAAUUGGCUGGGAGGCAAGGUUACCACGACUGAGGGUCUUCUGAAAUCCGUUAGCCCUAAACAACACCAGAGGACAACGCAAGUGAUACAAAGCUCUUUCGGGCCAAGUCUCCUUGGAGAAAGUCAUAUUUCUUCUAGUAAUAAUGGCUUUGUCUGGGCAGCUAUUCAUGCCUACAGCUCGCACCAUCACCUUGUCAUCCGACCCGACGAUGUUUGGCUCACCAUUAUCAACCAACUCGGAUUUUAUAUCAACGCCAAUGCAGAGAGCUUACGGUCGUACUUUGUCGACCAUCAUGGUCAGAAACAUCUGGAAAUCGGGACCGUGGGUACACUGGGUACUGUUGACUUCGGACAGCUUGCGGAUCAAAUGACACAUCUCAUUUCGAAAAAUGUCAAGGACCCGAUGCUUCGCGACUUUGUUAUGCCAUCGUUCACCACGACUACCGAAACAGACACUGCAGCCGCUGCAGUUCUCUUCAUGGGAGCAAUGCAGAAAUACUUUUCAUAUGGGUUUACCAUAGAGUGUGGUAUUCCUUCCGUGACGCUCCUUGGGGAAGUGUCAGACUGGGAGAGCAUUGUCACAAAACUAGAUAGGCUUGAACAGCUAGGAGAGGAGCCAAAGCAAUUUGCAGAUCUGCUACGGCCGAUAGUGCAAAACAUGGUCCGGUCCUUUACACAUCCAGAUGAUCCCGAGGUAAUAAAAUUCUGGAACAGUGUUGCAGAUAAAGACGAGGGAAGUGGAUAUUGCGACUAUACUGGCUGGAUUGCCGCCUUUUGUUUCUGGGACGAGGAGGGGAAAGCACUGCUAGGUACCAGCAAUGGCCCAGGCUAUCCUGCAAUCGACUCUGAAAAGAUACCAAGUGGCUUUGGUUCUGUCCCGGUUACAGUCACAGACGAUGGCGAAAAGCUUCAGUGCACAAUGAUUGCCGGAUCUGUUGGCAUCCAAGCUUAUAAGUCGGCUACUACUAUUUCUUCGCUAGAGACAGCUCCGAACGACACAACGCAGAGUACCGAAGAGACCAGGGAGACUGACACGGGAUUAUUGACUGUCAUUCAGCCUCUGCUGGGCUGGUGGAUCUGUGAGAAUGAAUCUGCUGAAAUCGCCGAAGCGCGUGAAACCGAGAUUAGCACUCUUCAGGAGGAGUUGGACCUAAGGAUGGAAGCCUAUUUCAAAGAUUAUGAUCCCGAGAGCGACCACAAAAAGGACGAAUGGUUACAAAUAGGACGUCUGGAGAGUCGUCUACGAGAGCUAGAAGUAUAAGUGUGCUCCAAAAUGACAAAUGUACAAAGUAUAGCAGAGUCACAGGCGAGAAGGUAAUGGGGUAGAAUAGAUUGUACACAGCGUUGCAUUUUGUGCCUGCUUAUUAGCGAGCUAUUAAAGUCUACUUAAAUCUAUGUAAUAUAUCCAUUCUGAAACAUG